ACGGGAAAACCGUGCCGGACGAGUUUUGUCUGCUUAAAAGCAGCUGCAGCCUUUGCCGAAUUCAUCAGUUUCGUUUCGAACUUUAUCUCAACAACUCUACAAUGGCACCGAAAACCAGCGGAAAGGCCGCCAAGAAGUCCGGCAAGGCCCAGAAGAACAUCGCCAAGGGAGACAAGAAGAAGAGGAAGGUCCGCAGGAAGGAAAGCUAUGCUAUCUACAUCUUCAAAGUGUUGAAGCAAGUCCACCCUGAUACCGGAAUCUCGUCCAAGGCCAUGAGCAUCAUGAACAGCUUCGUCAACGAUAUCUUUGAACGUAUCGCUGCUGAAUCGUCGCGUCUGGCUCACUACAACAAGCGCUCGACCAUCACAUCCCGCGAAAUCCAGACUGCCGUACGUCUGCUGCUUCCGGGAGAGUUGGCCAAGCACGCCGUCUCUGAAGGAACCAAGGCUGUCACCAAGUACACCAGCUCCAAGUAAAUUGGAAAAAAAUAUUGAUUUCAAACGGCCCUUUUCAGGGCCACAACAAGGCUUUUGAGAGUCGCGUCACUUUUUCUUGACAAAUGAAAUGAAUUUUAUAAUUCAUUUGACAUAUCUUGUAAAUUGUUCAACCAGGCUUAUGUAUGUUUUGAUUAUAAUAUUAGUGAGCAUAGUUCUUAGCAUGGAUUAAGUAAUAAAUCUGUAUGAUAUUCCCGCUUCUAUGAAGUAUACGAAGAUUGUGAA